UCUACCCUCUCGAACGAGACUCCAACUGAUUUUGAACAUACAACAGUUCCAUCUAACCACCAAAUCGAGGCUACACGCUCGAACCUCCGAACGUCCAUCUGAACAGCAUCUACAUUCUGACAGAGUCAAGAACUUGCCCACAAAUCGCCGGUUCAUCUCAUACUCACGAGAAAGAUUCCAGUGACGGCAGACCUGAUAUUUCUGCAGCAGUGGCAGUGGAAAUUCUGACCCUUCCAGUCCCAAGCUCCUCGUCUUCAGUCUUGGCAUCGAGGCGAACAUCAUACUCGUCUGUCAUCUUCUAAUCAUUGCGCCUAAAAAUUGAUUCUACGUCGACAACCGUACGGCUGGAUGCCGUGGCGUUUAACGGUCGCUGACCGGGAUGUCGGGAGCGGACGACUGGCUCGCGGGAGGAAUGGACAGUUGCGACCGGCAGCAACUGCCGGUGCACGAGGGCGCCGGUGUCGAGAGGCCGUCGAGAAAGUGAACGAGCAGGGCUUGUGGAGAGGGCGAGCAUUCUUUCGGGGGAUUCGCUGUUGAAGAGGCCGAGGGUUUAGGGCUUUAGAGGAGGGCAAGGAGUGGAAUUGUGAUCUCGAAUGUGCGCGGGAGGAAGAUUGUUGGCCGAUUAAGAUUUUGGGCACUUAGGGGGCAAAGUAUUGAUGAUGUCCAUGGUGGACGGCAGGGCUAUGGAAGCGCAGUUUGAAGCGUUUCGAGUUCAGCUCGACGACAGCGGAGCUGUUCGUGAGAGGCUUCGCACUGUGGUCGCCGACCUGGACAAUGUGAUCCGUAUGAUGCAAGCCUCCCUUCUGCCGGUGCAUCAUGCUACUCUGCAAGGAAAAGAAGUGCUGGACAAAGCGAAGAGCUAUAUACCAUCGCUUCAAAAAAUCUACUCCCAGCUUUCUGAAAUCAUACGAGAGCGCCCCGGACAGUACUACAGGUACCACGACCACUGGAGAAGUCAAACCCACACGGUGGUCUUUCUACUAGCCUUUGUCCACUGGCUGGAUACCCAGGGCCUUUUAUCCCACAGGGAAGUGGAGACCUUGCUCAAUGUGAAGUCUGAGGAGUUUAGCAUCGAUAUCGAAGAUUACCUCAUUGGUUUGUGCAAUGUUUCCAAUGAGCUUCCCAGGUAUGUUGUCAAUCGAGUAACUGCAGGAGACUACGACUGCCCACGACAAGUCUCUGCAUUUUUAAGUGACUUGUUCUCCGCAUUCCGAAUCUUAAAUCUUCGCAACGAUCUUCUUCGGAAACGUUUUGAUGGGCUGAAGUACGAUUUGAAAAAAGUUGAAGAGGUUUUGUACGAUGUGAAGAUCCGGGGCCUCAUGAGCACCCAAGCGACUGCCAAUCCCAUGGAAUCCUGAAGCUAUUGGCAGAUCCCACAAACUUUGGGUUUCUGUAGCUUAGAAACGUUUCUUGAACUAUAAAGUUUUGAAGCUGGAAUUUGACCUUUCCAUUGAACGCUCCGUCCUUAUACUAGGUCUCAGGAUACACCGCAGAGAAACUAGCAAAGGUUGCCCACAGCAGUAAACAGUUUGUUCAUCAUAGGUCGUUGAUUUCCGACAUUUUGCGUGCAGCCUCGACCGCAAUGAUCAAUCCCGUCCCCGUCUUUUCCUGCCGCAACUCCAGAUUUGGUUACUUAAGGACCAACGUAAAUUGUAAUCAUAGCAAGUCAUAUGUGACGAUACAAUACUCAGAUACUGUGAAUCAACGCAUCGUGACUCUCACGUACAUUCCGCGAUUGUAAAUUCCGCGAGAUCAAUACUA